AUGUAUUCAUCAAGAAACAUGCAAGAAAGAUUAGGUUCUCUUGUCAACAAGUUCUUCGAGAAGGAUUUCAAAGGCUCCCUUGCAGUGAUUGGGAGUGCGAAGACGCGAAGAGGGUACGUAGCUAUGUUUGUGGGAGAAGAAGGUAAACGAUACGAAGUUCCAGUGAAAUACCUAUCCAAUCCAGUAUUCCAAGAACUGCUUAGGCGAUCGCAGCAUCAAGAUCUUGACUACAAGAUUGAAGGGGCAAUUCGGAUUCCUCACUCAACUGCUUUUUUUGAUCAAUUCUUAAGGAUUAUCAAGGAGUACUUCUAG